AUGGCAUCUCUCUUCAGACCUCCUGGGGCUUCAAAACGUAAUACAAAGUCUCCCAAAUUGACUCUCCCGCCUUUGUUGAGGAAUAACAAUACUACUCCGGCCAGUACAACAGAUGGCAGUGUUGAUGGCAGGCCCAUGGGGCUGAAGAAUUCCGAAUACACAUCCUCACCUCGAUCAUCAUCUUCAGAAGCAACACUUUCCUCUCAUAGUCAACAGCAGCCUUACUCCGCAUCUUCGUCGAGUACAUUGAAGACAUUGAAGAAACGUCCUGUCCCUCCACCGCUACCGCCUCUGACACUGACGGGCGAAUUUAGAGCGGAUUCUAAACCUUCAUCAGAGAAUCCUACCUCCGUUUCAGACUCAUUCCAGAGGUUGCAAUUGAAUUCUGAGAAUGGUCAUAGUGGGACUAUCUCUCCUAGCAUGAGAUCUUCAAAGGUAGACUCUUCUAUAAGCAGACCCACAACACACAGCUCUGUCCCAGAGUUUCCAUAUUUGAGGAAAGAAUUAAAUGAGUCGAUAGAUUCAUAUCCUUCAACGUUACUUUCAGCAUAUGAACAAAGCAGUCGCGACUGUAGCCCGAUAAAGAAGGAGACUCAAGUGAAUGAGCAUCCAAUGGCAGGCAAGGAUGUCGAUAAACUUGACGAGGAAAUGUGGGAGUACCCACAACUACAAGACGAGAUAGAAACUUUGGGGAUAUUAGGAGAAGGUGCUGGUGGCUCAGUGGCCAAAUGUAAAUUAAAGCAUGGUUCCAAGAUUUUUGCACUCAAGACGAUCAACACCCUGAACAGUGAUCCCGAAUACCAAAAGCAGAUCUUUAGAGAGUUACAAUUUAAUAAGAGUUUUGAGUGUGACUCCAUCGUGAAAUACUAUGGGAUGUUCACAGACAAACAAAAUAGCACAAUUUACAUCGCGAUGGAAUACAUGGGAGGUAGAUCAUUGGAUGCAGUAUACAAAAAUCUGAUCAAUCGUGGUGGUAGAAUAAGUGAAAAAGUACUAGGUAAGAUUGCAGAAGCUGUGCUUCGAGGUUUAUCCUACCUACAUGAGAGAAAAAUCAUUCAUCGGGACAUUAAACCACAAAACAUUCUACUCAACGACAAGGGCCAGGUGAAACUGUGCGAUUUUGGUGUUAGCGGUGAAGCAGUCAAUUCGUUGGCGACAACUUUCACGGGAACUUCCUUCUACAUGGCACCAGAGAGAAUCCAGGGUCAACCUUAUAGUGUUACAUGCGACGUCUGGUCACUCGGGCUAACACUACUGGAAGUUGCACAAGGCUGUUUCCCCUUUGGAUCCGACAAGAUGACAGCUAAUAUCGCACCGAUCGAGCUAUUGACGUUGAUCCUGACUUUUACACCGGAACUCAAAGAUGAGCCAGAACUCAACAUAACCUGGAGUGGGGCAUUCAAAUCGUUCAUCGAAUACUGUCUGAAGAAAGACGCUCGCGAGAGACCAUCUCCAAGGCAAAUGAUACGGCACCCAUGGGUUCAAGGUCAGAUGAAGAAGAAGGUUAACAUGGAGAAAUUCAUCCAGAAAUGCUGGGAAGAAGAUUCUUAG